AGGCACCGCCCCCACCCCGCCUCCCAAGCUAAGCCAGGCUGGAGGGGAAGAGGCACACUCCUUCUCUGGCCCCACUUCAGGCUGCCAUGGGGCCUGCCGCUCCUCUGCUCCUCUUCCUUUUGACCUGGUCGGGACCCCUUCAGGGACAGCAGCACCACCUUGUGGAGUACAUGGAACGCCGACUAGCUGCCUUAGAGGAACGACUGGCCCAGUGCCAAGACCAGAGUAGUCGGCAUGCCGCUGAGCUGCGAGACUUCAAGAACAAGAUGCUGCCUUUGCUGGAGGUGGCAGAGAAGGAACGGGAGGCACUCAGAACCGAGGCAGACACCAUCUCUGGAAGAGUGGACCGUCUUGAACGGGAAGUGGACUAUCUGGAGACCCAGAACCCAGCUUUGCCCUGUGUAGAGACUGAUGAGAAGGUGACUGGAGGGCCUGGAGCCAAAGGCAAGGGCCGGAGAAAUGAGAAGUAUGAUAUGGUGACAGACUGUGGCUACACAAUCUCUCAGGUGAGAUCGAUGAAGAUCCUGAAGCGGUUCGGUGGCCCUGCUGGUCUAUGGACUAAGGAUCCAUUGGGGCCAACAGAGAAGAUCUACGUGUUAGAUGGGACACAGAAUGACACAGCCUUUGUCUUCCCAAGGCUGCGUGACUUCACCCUUGCCAUGGCUGCCCGGAAAGCUUCCCGAGUCCGGGUGCCCUUCCCCUGGGUAGGCACGGGGCAGCUGGUAUAUGGUGGUUUCCUUUAUUAUGCCCGGAGGCCUCCUGGAGGACCUGGAGGGGGUGGUGAAUUGGAAAACACUCUGCAGCUCAUCAAAUUCCACCUGGCAAACAAAACAGUGGUGGACAGCUCAGUAUUUCCGGCAGAGAGGUUAAUUCCCCCCUACGGGCUAACAGUAGACACAUAUAUUGAUCUGGCAGCUGAUGAGGAGGGCCUUUGGGCUGUCUAUGCCACUCGGGAAGAUGACAGGCACUUGUGUCUAGCCAAGCUAGAUCCACAAACACUGGACACAGAGCAGCAGUGGGACACACCAUGUCCCAGAGAGAAUGCAGAGGCUGCCUUUGUCAUCUGCGGUACCCUAUACGUUGUCUAUAACACCCGCCCUGCCAGUCGGGCGCGUAUCCAGUGUUCCUUCGAUGCCAGUGGUACCCUGACCCCUGAGCGGGCAGCACUCUCUUAUUUUCCCCGUCGAUAUGGUGCCCAUGCCAGCCUCCGCUAUAAUCCUCGUGAGCGCCAGCUGUAUGCCUGGGAUGAUGGCUACCAGAUUGUGUAUAAACUGGAGAUGAGGAAGAAAGAAGAGGAAGUUUAAGGAGCUGGGCCUUGCAUUUUGAAGCUCAUAUCCCCAUACAUUUAUAUCCUGCACGUAGAUUUCCUGCACUGCAUUCUUUGAAUGAAGGCCAGUUGUGGCUCAGAUCCUCUAUUUUUAACCAGUAGCAACCAAAUUCUCGUAGCCCCUUUGUUUCAUUUAGAACUCCAGAUCUUGAGUAAUCCUUUUAGAGCUAAAACAGUAAAAACCCUGAAUCUUCACUCCUGCUCUCCUGCCCACGUACACAAAUGUUAGUCCCAGAACAACCCAGACAAAGAGCUCUGGCCCUUGAAAGGGGUCAAGCCCAGAAACAGGCAACAGCAUUCUUGCCCUCAGUAUGACCCAAGGGAGAGAGGAACUCAAGGAGACAACUCUGCCCUCUCCCUCAUUCGCUCCUCCAGUGCAGGAAGAAUGGAGCCUUCUCCACCAUCACUUUGUAUUGCAACAUUUUGCAUUAAAGGAAAACCCACCACUC